AUGGCGACGGCGGAGUUGGACCUUGCCUCGUCCUGGAUCAAGGCCUUUGGCGAAGUUGUCAGUCAAGGAAGUAUAGAAGCUCUACUCGACUGCCUUGAUCCAUCUUGCUGGCUUCGUGAUCUGCUAGUCUUUAACCCGAGCCUCGAGGCACGUCAAGGACACGACGCCAUUCGUACCCACUUGCAGUCUGCGCUGGGCAAGGCACAAAUCUCGAAUGUUGUCCUCGAUACCAACCCUUAUGGAAGGCCUCACAUUUCUCAAGUCUCUCCACGAUUACCCCCUAUUAUAGAGACAGCGUUCGAUUUCGAGACUCCAAAGGCCCUCGGUAAGGGAUUUGUCCGAUUGCACUAUCCGAGAGAUGGCGAGGCUCCGAAGGCCUUCGCCGUUAUGAUGACGCUAAGGGACUGGAAAGGUCAUGAAGAACCACAGAACGAGUCUGGCGUGUAUGGUGGUCAUACUCUAUCCUGGGGAGAGGUUAACGUUCAACGACGCGAGACAAUUGAAAACGAUCCUCAGGUGGUUAUAGUUGGUGCUGCUCAAUCGGGUCUUCACGUCGCUGCCCGCUUUCGUCAGAUGGGCAUCCGCGCCCUUGUUAUUGAACAGACAGCCCGCGUCGGAGACGUCUGGCGUAAUCGAUAUCCAACGCUUGCGCUGCAUACCCCACGUUCCCACCACUGCCUGUUAUAUCAGCCAUUUCCGUCGAACUGGCCCACGUUUACACCGCGAGACAAAUUAGCAAAUUGGCUCGAGCAGUAUGCUGACAAUCAAGAUCUCGUCGUUUGGACUUCCACAACUCUCGUACCGACCCCGAAGUACGAUUCCACCACUAAACGUUGGGACCUGACCGUCGACCGCAAUGGCAAGCCUAUCACGCUUCAUCCACAGCAUCUCGUCAUGGCCAUAAGCGUUUACGGAGAUCCUGUAAUUCCAUCACUUCCGGGGACCUCAUUAUUUACUGGUACAAUCAUUCUCGCCAGCACAUAUUCUGGCGGUGAACCAUUCAAGGGAAAACGUAUAGUCGUGGUAGGGGCAGGAAAUACGUCGGCAGAUAUAUGCCAGGAUCUUGUCUUCCGUGGUGCACAGGAUGUCACAAUGGUCCAACGCUCAGAAACGUGUGUUGUCUCUGACAAGUACCUCUACAAAAUGUUAAGUAUGGUCUUCCCCGAGGAUCGUCCUGUGUAUUACUCAGAUCUCGCAUUUGCUGGAUUUCCACUUGGUGCGCUCCGCGAAUUGGGGAGGAUGCUUCAACCGCUUGCAGAGGAAUUUGAUAAGGAGAUGCAUGAGGGUUUGACGAAGGCUGGUUUUAAACUGACGGCUGGACCUGACGGUGCAGGACAAUUAACUAUGCCAUUCGAUCGGCAAGGAGUUGUUGAUGUAGGGUGUGCGGAACUUAUCAGCACCGGCAAGGUGAAAGUCAAGCAAGGUGUCGAAAUACAUCAUCUAGCAGAGAAGACCGUCGUGUUCACAGACGGUUCCGAGCUGGAUGCGGAUGCAAUCAUCCUUGCAACUGGAUGGCAUCCUCUCCGCGAAAAGCUCAUCCGCUUAUUCGGACGCGAAGUUAUCGACAAGACAAGCAAGUUACUCGGUAGUGACGAACAUGGAGAGAUACGAGCAGGAUAUAAACCAUCUGGUCAACCAGGGCUCUGGUUCGCAGCCAGUGACUUUUCACACUCACGAUUCCUCUCGAAAUUGCUGGCGUUGCAGAUUAAAGGAAUCGAACUCGGGUAUUUGGAACAUUGA